UUUUCAGAUAUUUACCAAUAAGUAUUUAAAUUACGAGGGUUGAAAUUAAAUUUUAGAAAAGAUUAUCAAACAUUCGAAUGACAUAUGAACGAUAUGAACAUAACCUCACAUAACCUAACUUUUUAUUGUCAAUCACUAAAUAUCAGAAAAAUGGUACAAAAAUUAGUAUCCGAAACGUUUAGAAGUACUUUUAGAGUAAUAGAUCAAGAAGUAUUGCGAUGGUUUCCUGGUCAUAUGGGAAGAGGUUUAAAGCAAAUGCAACAAAAAUUAAAAUCUGUGGAUUGUGUAUUAGAAGUGCACGAUGCAAGAAUUCCAAUAUCUGGACGAAAUAAUGAUUUUAAAACGAUAAUAUUCGGUGUUAAGCCUCACAUAUUAGUGUUAAAUAAAGUGGAUUUAAUUGAUAGCAAGCACAUAAUUAACAUUAAGAAUUACUUUAAAGAUAAAAACCAAGAAAUUGUGUUAACAAACUGCAAGAACCAACACUGUAAAGGAAUACAGAAAUUGUUACCAAUGACAUGUGACUUAAUCUCAAAAUCUGAUAGAUUUAAUAGGAAUAAUUUGAAUGAAUUUUGUGUAAUGAUAAUCGGGGUGCCAAAUGUGGGUAAAUCUUCAUUAAUAAAUGCUUUAAGAAAUCGGUAUUUACACAAAAGUAAAGCUUCACCAGUUGGAGCUAAUCCUGGGAUCACUAAAAGUGUUUUAACUCGAAUUAAAAUAUCUGAAAAUCCUUUGAUUUACACACUAGAUACUCCGGGAAUAUUAACACCAAACGUACCAAAUACAGAAAUAGGUUUAAAGUUGGCUCUUUGUAAUUUAACUCAAAACCAUCUAAUUGGCGAAAGUAUAAUCGCAGAUUAUUUGUUGUAUUGGCUUAACAAACAUGAAAAUUUUAAUUAUUUAAAAACUUUUAAUUUAACCGAAAAGUCUGAUGAUAUACUAACCAUUUUAGCACAAAUAGCACUAGCAAAACAAAAAAUAAUAAAAUGUAAAGAUGUUGCAACUGGUAGUUAUGUCUAUAAACCGGACUUAAACACAGCUGCAAAAAUCAUGUUAGAACACUUUUCAAAUGGUUCUUUAGGAAAAAUUAUGUUAGAUGUUGAUUUAAUUUAAUAAAUGGUUUUUUAAAUUAA